ACGCUAUCCUUCAACAAGCGGGUCUACGUUGACAACAUAAUUUAUUCUCGUCAGCGCUGGACUCAUAUAGAAAUACGCAAAGAACGUUUCAGUAAUGGUAGUUACCUGUAGUCACAUAAAUGGAUCUAAGUAAUUGGGAUGACACAGAUUUUGUAUCAUAUACAUCAUUCGACAGUGAAGAUGAAACUGUGGAAGACUUGGCGAGAACGUGGAGCAAAAACAAUCUGAGGGCAUAUAGUUUACAGUUACACACAGAGACGGGUAUAUAUAAAGUUGAAAAACUGUACAAUGAUUUACUAACACUCAAUCAAGAGUUACAUCGGCUAUUUCCGUCAAUUAAAUUGUCAUUUCCUCCACUGUGGACUGAUGAAGACGAGAUCCCGGAUGCAGAUUUUCUUGAAGAAAGGAGGACUGGUCUUCGUGAUUUCAUGACAAACAUUAUGUGUCAUAGCUCUAUGCAUAUUAGCGAACCGGUGAAAUCAUUCUGGGGAAUUAACGGUGAACGCAUGAAUUGUUUUUCCAUCCAAAUUGAGGAUGAGGCUGGUAAAAGUACUUGCCAAAAGUCGUAUGUUGGCCCGGAAAUACGUAACUUGAAUGACAAGAUGGGAAAUGGUCCAGAGAAUGACCUGACAGCUGACAUGGGACAGCUACUGGUCAAGACUGAACAUUCACUCACUGCUUUAAACACAAGAGUAGACAAAUUAAAUGAGGACUUAACAAAGAAUUCGUUGGUAAAUGUUGGUGAUCAUUAUUCUCAAGAACUUGAACUAUUAAAAGAAGUAGUAACCAAUCUAACAGGAACAAUACAUCAGUUGAUACGUCCGUUACGAAAGGAGGUACACAACCAUGAUAUUAACAACGCCCUUACAGCUACCAGUGACACUCAAUCACCGAACAGUGAAUCGCCAGAAUCAGAUAAAGAAUGCAAACAAGAAUUACAAGAUUGUUGCCAUGCCAAUGAAUGUCAUCUGGAAGCUCGCAGUGGACAUCCUAAUGCCGAUCAUGUUAAUAAUAUUCCUACAUACGAGAAAGGGAAUACACUUCGAUGCAAGUCAAGUUUAACGAGUCAUAUAUAUGGAAAGAAUGAUGGUAGUUCAAUCGAAGAAGCUGUUAAAGAUUUGAACGCCAUUACGUGUGUAGAGUCGGAAUCGCAAAACGACGUGCAAAACACAAGCAUUGAUAACCUAGGCGGUGAAGUGAGCCAUACCAGCUUAGGACAGGACGUCAUUGACAAUUCGUGUGAAUCCAUAGAAAUCUGCCAAGAAGAGUGUUUAUUAGACGAGAAUAUCACACCGUCUGAAAUCAGUCAAAGUUGUGAAAUGUCAAGUAUGUCUUCGACCACAAACCUCGACAUCCAACAAGAAAUGAUGGAUGGAGAAGGGAUACUGUCCGAGUGGGAAUUGGAGAUGAUUAGCGAGUUGAAAGAUACCAAAUUUGGACGAAAGGGGGAGUACAUUAAAUUGGUCCAUGUGAUGAAAGAAGACUACAGGAAAUCUCUAAACAUUGAUCGACAAAGAGAAGUGAUACCCGAACCGCGAGAAAGAAGCUCAUCACAACCUUCUAUUAGUGUGGAUCGGCCAAAGUGUGUAAAUGAAGAGCAUGAAAAGAUAACAAAGGGGUACGCAACUGUCCAACAAGCAGGUCUGCCAUUAAAUUCAGAGCAAGUGUCUUCCUCACUGGAAGCAAAACAAGACAAACCACGUCAUGAGAAGAAUACCCGAAACAGCGGACGUAAACUAGAAACCAGAAACAACAAGACUAAACGGAAAAAGAGAAAAUCACAAAACACCCAAAGCUGUAUUAUCCAAUAAUCUACUCAAAUCAUGCAAAGAUACAACGCACAACGCCAGAUACUUUAUACGCCAGACAUUUAUCUAUAUCAAAACAUCCAUACUUUCAAAUUUAUUUAAUUUUACAUACAUUUACAAAGGAACAUAUGAUCUAUUAUUCUUUAUUCAGAUUGGCGAACACCGACGAAUUCGAAUUUGCACAAAUAUGUUAUCAAUUCAUAUUUC